AUGUCUAAGAAUUAGAAUAAUAUAUAAAGCCCUAAAAAUAAUUAAAUAAAGAAUCAAACAUUUUCAUUUAAUCCUAUAGGGAAUGAACUUAUAACAUAAUAAUCUUUAUCAAAUAAUAAUGAUCCUAAUAAGUAAAAGUUAGAUAAUCAAAAGAUGCCUCUUAUAAAAUAGUCUUCAAACUCCAGCAACCAAAAUAAGUAAAGUUUAAUACAGUAGUCAUACUAAACUCCUAAAUAAAAUCAACUAAAUUUGAGUUAAAAUAGCUUUUACAUUCCGAAUAAUUACAAAACUACUGCUGAAACUGUCCCUACUUUAAAUACAAAAAAUAAUUCUACUCAAUAGGCCUUCAAUCCACAAACUUCUUAAUCAUAAUAAUAACAGAACCUUUAAUAGAAUUAACUCUCAAGUAGCAUCAAUUUUUCUAGAUAAUAAUUGAAUUUAUAACAGAGUCAAAAGCAAGUUUAGAAUCUAAGUAUUACUAAUUAAGUACGACAUAAUAAUUCACAAUCAGCAUCGGGAAUUAAAAUAGGGAUAAUUUAAUAAAAUACUCUACCUAGCAGUCCAGUUAAAAUAGGUUCUAUGAGUUCCUUACAAGAUUCUAAUUAUAAGAAAUUAAAUUCAGUGUAAGCUUCUGCCACUAAAGGAGGAGAAUUAUCAUAAAAUAUUGGUAAAAGAAACAACUCAACUAAUAGUAUUAACUUUAACGUUGGUUCAUUAUCAAAUACAUAAAAGUCUUUUUAAGCCUCAAACUAGGCAGGUAAUAGAUAACUAAGCAUUAACUAAAGCACUAUUGAAUUGUAAAAAGAUGAUAUUUUGAUUAAAGACUCUCAAUAUAUUAAAGAAAAAAGAGAGCAAAUCUAUGAAACUUUAAGGAAUUGGUCAAUUUCAGAUGGAGAAAGUAUGGCAGCACUAUUAGAAUCAAACAAUUUAUAACUCUUAAUUUCAAUGUUUAAGUGCUUCUAAGAAGAGUUAGAAAGUAAAUAUAUUUUGCUGCCAUCAACAGAGCGUUCGAGUCUACAAAGAAUAGUAGACAUCCAAAGAUUAUUCAUUAAACAUAUAAAAGAUUUAGUGUCAGUAUUUUAAAAGAAUGCUAAAACUAUAGGAGGCAAGGAUUAAUAUAUAUAAAAUCUUGUCUAGAAUUUAGGAGUUUUUUAAAAAACAAAUGAAAAAUUUAUACAAUAGAUAAAUGAAUACAAAUUGAUUGAUGUAGAAGCUAAUUAAUUUAUCUAAAAGGAAAAGUAAUUUGAAUAAUCUGCUAUAAGUUUAAAUUUUUAGAAUACCAAACUUUAGAGCUAAGUAGAUAGUUUAGUAAAGAAAAUAUAAGAAAUGGAAAGUACUAUUGACAUUGAAGCAUUAAAGAAAGAAAUCGAUAGUUUGAAAAGACUAAUAGAAGACUAAACUUAACAUUUUAAAGAAUAAACAACAUUGAAAGACAAAUAAAUUUCAGUAGCAUAGAUAACUGCUGGAAGUUUGAAAAUUACAAAUCAGAAACUUGAAAAGGAAAUAGCCAUACUAAGAGAUGCAUUCUAAAAGCAUACUAUUCAAAUUAAUACACUUUGUGCUGAAAAUGAAUAGCUUACUGAAGAAAAUAAUUAAUUCAGAGAAAGGCUCUAUAUGCUCUAAGAAGAUAUCUACGGAAAAAAUCUUAGAGCUUAGGAAACUAAAGAGUUAUUGAAAAAAUUUUAAAAUGCUUACAAAAAACUGUAAGAAAAAGUUGAUAGAAUAACCUUAGAAAAAAGUCUUAACAUAGAUCCUCCUGAUAAUCCUGAUUUUGAGGAAGAGGUUAGGUUUUUUGAGACUGUAAGAGCAGUGUAUAAAAACAAUCCUUUGUUUACUAAAAGAAUAAAAAAUGAAUAUGCAGGACUUAAUAUAAUUGAAGUAGAUAAAAAAGUAAAAUAAAAUGAUGAAAAACCAAGGGUAUUUCAAAAUUAGGUAUCAAUCAAUAUUAACAGUAAUGAACCUAAUUUUAAUAUCAACCAUUAUAGAUUCUAUAAAUUUUCUUUUUUUACCUUCUGCUAGCAUAGAUAUGAAUCUAUUAUUAAAAACAAUACUCAAAUCUACAAGUUUAGAAAAGUCACAAAUCUCUUUAUGGGUUAGCUUAGAGGCAUCUUAGAUUCAAAGUGGAAUGAAGCUGUUAGUAUUGAAAACUACCAAUCGUUUUCAGAUUUUUGUGAUUUUACUUAUAGUUGGUUGACUACGUUCUGUGUGGAUAAGCUUUCAAGAAAAAUUGUUUUAAAUCAAGAAUACAAUGAAAUGGAUCAAACCUUAAAAGAAGUUUAUAUAGCUAAUUUUUAUGUUGAUUUAUAUAAUCCUAUUCUCAACAAGCUAUGGGAAGUUAUAACAUUCAGAGAAUUUUUAAGCUCAAAUACUUCAAAUGAUGAGAUUUAUUUUUAUCUUCACUGCAGGAAUUUAAUCUUUAAAGGUCCAUAGUUAGAUUAUAUGGAAUCUACCUUUUAGCCAAUACAUUUUAUUAAAUUUUCUCAUGCUAAAACAAUUGUGGAGAUGGUUAUGUGCAGAUAUGAUCAAGCUAACAUUGAAUUUAUGAUAGGCACUCUGUUUAGAAAAUCAACUAAGAAAAAAGGCUAAUAUUUAAUAGAUUCCUCUCUUGUUUUAAGACUUCUACUUGAAUAUUACAGGGCAGAAAGAGUUCAAAGAUUUAGACUUAUCAAAGAGUUAUUCUUUUCAUAAUAAGGAUAUGAAAUAAAUGGAUAGUUUGCUAUUAACUUUGAUUCUUUUUGUAAAAUCUUUAAUGAUAAUUAUAAAGGUACAACAAAUUUAGAAAAGGCUUAACUUUAUAGAGAUUGUAUGACUAUAGGUAACGGUAUUGUUACUUCUGAUAUAUUUUACGUUGUAGCAACAGAAAGAAAUUUUUUUAUGAAAAACCUUAGAUUAAAAAUGCUUUCUGAGCUACCAGAGUUCGAUAAAAAUACUCUAAAAUUUGAACCUGAUUUUGAUUUUAGAUCCAAAAUGAUUACUAAAUUUUUUGAAGAUUGUAAAAUAAAACUUAAGGGAUGCUUAAAAUACUUAAAAGAUUAUUCAAUGAAUUAAGGAUUAGAAUAAAAUUACAUGAAAGUAAAUGAAUUAAUUGGAUAUGUAGCUGAUUUAAAAAACUUUAAUUUAGAUUCUACAACAAUUCAAGGAAAAAAUCUCCCUCUUUACUUUAGUUAGCUGAUCUCUAAGUCUAUUUAAGUAGCAGAAAUAUAAAUGUAUCAAACUUUCUAAACAGGAGUCAAUGUAGGAGAAAGUGAAAUGAUGGAAUUACUUUUAAAUAGAUUUGAUAAUACUAUGAAUUUUGUAACAGAUUAUUUAGAAACAAAAAGAAGCAGAUUAGAAAUAAAAAAACUAACAAAACUUAAAAAAUUUUAAGUUUGGAUUAAAAAAAAAAUUAGUAAAUGGUAUGGUGUUCUAAAUGUCUUGCUAUUAGCUAAACUUUAAGAAGCACUAAAGCAAGAAAGGUAGUAGUAACUAAAUAAUUAUUGA